AUGGAUCCUACCUUUUGGGAUUGUUUGCACCUUCAGUUCAUCCUACCCCCGGUGUUUGAUAUUGUUUUCUCCAAACAUACCUGUCUUGGUUACGAUCGUAUGUUUCGCUAUUUGGCCGCGACUCGACGCGCACAGGUCUCAUUGCAACAGUUCUGGGCUGAUCAAACGGCACUGUGGCGUCGUACUCAUUCCCGUGAACAAUUUACUCGACAAAACGCCCUCGAGACUAUGCCAGUUUGUUCCCAGUCAAUCACAGAUCGUCGGCUCUUGGUUCGUAAUCAUAUGGCAUUCAUUGUGGAGAACAUCCAAUACUAUUUACAGGUGGAUGUGAUCGACUCCCAGUUCUGUAAUUUACUAGAUCGUAUUCAGUCUGAUCGGGAAGCCGAUUUGGUCCAAGUUGCCCAUGAAGCUUAUCUCGUCAGCCUGCAGGCUCAGUCGCUUCUGUUUCAACCAACAGCGCGACCAUGCAUUAUUCGCCUGCUUUCGGUCUGUCAGCAGUUUGUACAUGUCACGAGCCAGUCUCCGCAUAGUGUAUCCGACUUAGAGGAGCGUUUGAUAAAUGAUUUUCAACAACUCUCGGCCAGCCUGUUUCACUACUUGGAGAUUUCUCGUGCAACGGGAAUCCCUGCUCCCGGUGUUGGAUUGGACGCUGCAUCUUCCGCGUGCCGUUUCGACCAGGUCACUCGGCUCUCCGCGGAUUUGGGUCAGUUGUUGUUGCGUUUGGAUUUCAAUCACUUCUAUAGCCGUACUCACGGCGACUUGGACGUCGAACGAUCGAAUUCUGUGGCAUGGACUAAUGAUGUAGAAAUUGCCUUAGACUCUAGAUAA